AUGGAGAGUGAAAAGGAAUUGAUGAACAAAGCUAAAACACCUGUUACUUCCAGAUUGUGCAGAGUUUCUGGUUUGAUGACGGAGAUAAUGGAAAUUAAAGCUGAGGAUCCCAAGUUCCAUGUAUUGUUCAUCCCGGGAAAUCCAGGUGUUGUGCCAUUUUACAAGGACUUUUUGGAAUCUUUAUACGAGUUUCUUCAUGGAAAUGCAUCUAUAACCGGUAUGGCCACUCUAAUUUCUAGUUUGUUUUCGGACUGGGAGUCUGGGAGGCUGUUUUCGUUACAAGACCAAAUCGAUCAUAAGGUUGAUUAUAUCAGACAGAAGAUGGAGGGAGCGAAGGUUCCAAUAAUACUUGUUGCACACUCCAUUGGGUCUUAUAUAUCCCUUGACAUUUUAAGGAAGUUCUCUGAAAAGGUGGUAUACUGCGUUGGCUUAUAUCCAUUUCUCACUCUGAACAAACAGUCAACAAAACAAUUAUUAAUUGGAAAACUCGCAGCGUCUUCUGUUCUAUCGGCUACAGCAAGUUUUCUGAUUGCAUCACUGAGACUGUUACCUAUGUGGGCUGCACGUCUGCUUGUAUCCAACUCCCUUGGAGCUUCAUGGUCUGAUACUGCUGUUCAAGCUACUUGCACUCACUUAAGACAGUAUCACACCAUGCGCAAUGUUCUCUAUAUGGCAAUGACAGAGUUUAUAGAGCUCGCAGCAGAGCCAGAUUGGGAGUUCAUGAGAGAACACCAGAGCAAACUUGCAUUUUUAUUUGGCAUUGAUGAUCAUUGGGGUCCACUGCAUCUCUUUGAAGAGAUUUCAAAGCAGGCUCCUGGUACUUCCUUAUCUAUUGAGAGGGAAGGUCACACGCACGCGUUCUGCUGCACGGUGGCUGGCUCAGUGUGGGUUGCUCAGCACGUAGCCACUCUGAUCAAGAACCGGUUUACGCACCUCCAGUAA